AUGUCACGGGUUAAUUUAUCGCAAAUAACCAGUUUGAAUUUCGAAGCAGACGAGUACACGACAGGGCGGCGUCUGGCACCAGUAGCGCAACUGCAGUGUGACAAGAAGGAGGGAAGGAGUGCAUGCGAGCAAUACACGCCGGAGAGCAUACACUGCGAGAACAGGGGAUGGGAUGCCUACACGCACGCCGUGCAAUGGAGCUGCUCUACCACGCUCCCUUCUAAUCUCAAGCUGGGGAAGGUGAGGGUGAAUUGUGAGCGGUGGGAGGAGAGUGGGCCGGCAAACGAGGUGCUUAAUGGAUCAUGCGCACUUAAAUACACUCUAGUUGAUGUGAGCAACAGGAGUGACGAUAAAGGUAGCACAUUCUUUGCCGUCAUCUUCUUUGCUAUCCUCGCCAUCAUACUCUACAACCUCUUUUGCGGACACAGGAGGGAUUCGGCGGGAUAUUCUACCAGCGGUGAUCAACCACCACCCCCUUACACGCCUUAUAAUUCAAAACAGCCAGAUCAGCAAGCUGGACAAAAUUGGAGACCGGGCUUCUGGACGGGUUUGGGUGUCGGUGGAGCUGGUGCACAUCUCUAUGACCAGUGGCAGAACCGCGAUUCGCAUUCACACUCAGAAGACAGCUUCGGACGCCAUCAUGGAUCGUCGUCUGCCGGACCUUCCAAUACUUACGAGAGCACCACAUCUUAUGGGGGUACAGACACGCGCUGA